GCAGUCCGUUGCACAUUUACGCACUCUGGACUUUCGACCCUUCGCUCUGAUCACUGCGCUCUCUUAUUGCCGCCACGACCGCACAGCAUUUACGACGCACAGCUUCAGAACCAUGGAUAGCUCAGGAGUGCUGCUCCGACUGCUGUGCAUCGGCCUGAUGUUCGUUAUGUGCCGAGGACAGGCGUCGCAGGAAGUUUCCGCAGAGGACUUUGGAGCGCAGAAGUCGGCCGCGGCCGCAGAGAAAGAACUUGUGGAUGCGAUGGAGGCUCUUCUAGUGAAGAUGCAGAGCCAUCUGCCUUCCACUGAGAAGAGAGGCAUGAUCCCUCCUUGUGGUAUGGGUGACCGGUGUGCCUUGAGGCAUGGACCCCGCAUUGGGAAGCUCUGUGACUGCGGCAGGGUCAGCAGCUGCAACUCCUUCCUCCUCAGAUGUCUCUAAACUCCUUCAGGGAGAAACACUUCACUGUAGAACCACCGCAACCAACGCUCCAGCCAAGACAGAGGAAUAUCAUCAUCAACUUCUAUCAUCAACUGCGUCCCAAAUGACACCCUAUUCCCUUUACGGUGCACUACUGUUGACCAUGUCCCCAAGGGCUCUGGUCAAAAUGAUUGCAGUAUAUAGGGAAUAUGGUGCGUUUGGGACAAACCACUAUGUCCACAACCUCAAGGGCUAUGCAGCAUCCACAAGCUGUAGGCCAACAUUAUGGCACUUGCGUUUUUUCUUGUUUUGUUCUUGUGUGUUGAUAAAGUAGUUUCCAUUUAAAGAGGAGCAUGGAGGGGUUUUGUAACCCAGAAAACAUUUACAGCAUGUGCACUCUAGACUGUCAAAUAAAUAAACAUAUUGGUCAUCUCA